GUAUCCCUUGCACAUUAAUGCAGUCCCCGGAUCAGAGUCGUAGACUGCAUUUUACCAUAUGUUUACAGUGAUACUCGUAUAGCUUAAUAAACGGUUCUUUUUGUAAUGAAAUAUUACAAUCAAAUAAAAUAAACGACAUCUGAACACUAAAAUGGAAAAUGAAGGAAUCGACUACAACAUUGUGUUUCCACAUGAAGAGACCACCGAGACGCACUGGCAGGGUACAAAAGAGCCUGUUGUGAUAUUGUUGGGAUGGGCAGGCUGCAAAGACAAACACCUCACCAAGUACAGCUCCAUCUACACCGACCAGGGAUGUGUCACUAUCCGCUACACAGCUCCUCUCAAGACAGUAUUCAUCUCCGAGUCAUUUGGAUAUAAAGAACUUCGAUGUACAGCCCUGAAGUUGCUGGAGAUCCUCUAUGAUUAUGAGGUGGAACAGAGCCCUAUUUUCUUCCACAUAUUCAGUAACGGUGGUUUCAUGUUGUACAGAUAUAUUGUAGAGCUCUUGCACAAGGACAAACAGUUCAGUUCCCUGUGUGUAAUUGGGGCCAUUGUGGACAGUGCUCCUGGUAGUGGAAAUGUACUUGGAGCAGUCAGGGCUCUGGCAGCCACUUUGGGGCCUAAAAUAAGUCCUCUUCUGAAGUAUGUCCUUCUUACACUCUUUGCGGUGACUGUUUUCCUGUUGCGAGUUGUUCUGUACCCCUUGACAAAGUACGUGCAUAAGAAUCACUAUGACGCAGUGCAAGAGGAGCCACCUGCCUGGCCUCACUUCUUCCUGUACUCCAGUGCUGAUCAGGUGAUCAGGCCAAGAGACGUAAGAGUAUUUGCAGACACACUGAAGUUUAAAGGAGUUCGAGUGGACAGUCACGAUUUUGUCUCGAGCGGCCAUGUGAGUCAUCUACGGGAAUAUCCAGAGCAGUAUCCACGCAAGUGCCGCAAUUUCCUUAUUACUUGUAUGAAGGACACAAAAGGAGCACACGCAAAAACUAGGCACCGGGUUCAGGAUCAGUGAAGCAUGUAAAAAUGAAUAAUAACUGAGUUGUGGCCAUGUUUUUAAAUUUUUUUUUUUUUUCAAGCUGACCUAUUCGGCUGCUAAGAGAGUAAUCCUCCUUCAGGACCCUCCUGAAAGGAGGAUCUGAAUGUAUGGUUUAUGCCGGGAUGGUUUUUCUGUGCAACAGUGAGCUGUCACGAUUUUAAAAAAUAAAUAAAUAAAAAAUGUCGAUAGAUUUUACUAGGAACUACUGCAAAAAAACAUUUUUUUUAGCCUGCUGGCAUAAUAUUAAAUUGUAUAAACUAAUCAUCACAAACACUUGAAUGUCAUGAGAAAUUAGACUGAUAAUAACCUUCAUCAUUUAAUGUAUUAAUUAAAUGGUAUCAAUCAAUAUUGGUCCUGCAGUCAUUUGGACCAGAUAAAUGCAAAAAUAUGAACUUAUACCUUUAUUCUCUUCACUUUCUGUGUAUGUGCUUGAGUCCCACCUCCCUGAGAGCUAGCUCGCAUGCUGAGGCAGUGCGAACAAGACAGCAAAAAUGAAUGUUAAUGAGGCGUAAUUUAUUGUGUUGUGAAAAACAAAAUCUUCGGCCAUUCUAUACUGUAUAUCGGACAAUAGGUUGAUAUCGUAUUUAUCAUGUCAGGGCCCAGGGGGAUACGUUUUAAAAAUUGAAGGAAAGCUAGGUAUUUUCAUUUCUUGAUGAAAGUCGUCCUUUUUAAGCUGGAGACUGAGCGCCCAGCAAAAUUAUCCAGAAUUUGUGUUCGAGUUAAUCAGACAUGUACAUGUGUCACUAUUCAAUUGAUGUAUCGACUUGCAGUAAUUUUCAACCCAUUUCGACCUUUUUUUUUUUUUUUUUUUUUUUUUUUUUUUAAAUUAUAGACAUAUACUUUUAAAUAACGCAAACUAGGUUGUCGAUUCACACUGGAUAAAAUGGAAUAAAAUUAACAAAUUGUAUUUAACAUUUGUUUAAUAUGUGAUGCAUAAGUUAGUUUUUUUGUCAAACCUAACUAAUGAAGAUUAGAAUAUAUGUAAUGUAAUUAGAAUUUACAUUCGUUUGUUCAAAAAACCUUUUACUAAAGAGUUGUAAAUUGAACUUUAGAGUAAGAACAGAAUACAAACAACACAUACAUGCAGACGUCUUUGUCAAAUUGGAAAUUCAAAGCCUAUUGAUUUGUUCCUUCUAGAAGAUAUUUAUGUGAUUUAAGAUGGAUAUACUGCAAAGGUAAAACAAGAUUAUGUACACAAUUUAAGUGAUUUUUUAUAUCCACUGUGUUUUCCACAAAUGUCUUGUCCUUAACUAAUGUGCCUUCAAUGAAUCCAAUUGCUAAUUAAA